UGAGCUGGGACCAGUAAAUAAAGAGUUUGAUGGGUGGAUAGUUGUGUAAAACUGUAAUUUUACUAUAAAAUAAAGAAUUACUUAAAAUCUCUAGACAUUUAAUAUGACACUUAAUGAUAAUUAUGUUCACUAAAAGCAAUAAAAUGACUACAACAGAAAUGCCGGGCUGGACGAAGGAGAACCGCGCGGACGCGGGCGUGGUGGCGCACGAGCACCUCGUCAACCUCACCGCCAUCGGCCCCCGGGUGGCGGGCAGCUACGAGAACGAGGUGGCGGCCGUGCGCGUGCUGCUGCAGGCCGCCAAGGCCGUGGCGGCGGCCGCGUCGCCGCACAACCGCGUCGACUACGACGUGUUCUCGGCCAGCGGCGCCUUCACGCUCAGCUUCCUCGACGGCAUGAGCAACGUGUACCGCGGCGUGCAGAGCGUGGUGCUGCGCGUGCGCGGCGCGGGCGGGCGCGCGGGCGGGCGGCGCGCGCUGCUGCUCAACUGCCACUUCGACACCGUGCCCGACAGCCCCGGCGCCAGCGACGACGCGGCCGGCUGCGCCGUGGGGCUGGAGGUGCUGCGCGCGCUGGCGGCCGGCGCGCCGCUGCGCCACGACGCGCUGCUGCUGCUCAACGGCGCCGAGGAGAACAUCCUGCAGGCCUCGCACGCCUUCGUCACGCAGCACCCCUGGGCGCCGUCGGUGCGCGCCUUCGUCAACAUGGAGGCGUGCGGCGCCGGCGGGCGCGAGGUGCUGUUCCAGGCCGGGCCGCACGACCCGUGGCUCGUGGAGGAGUACGCGGACGCGGUGCCGCACCCCUUCGCGUCGUCGCUGGCGCAGGAGCUGUUCCAGAGCGGCCUCAUCCCGGCCGACACCGACUUCCGCAUCUUCCGCGACUUCGGGAACCUGUCGGGCGUGGACCUGGCGUGGAGCAGCAACGGCUACGUGUACCACACGCACCUGGACACGGCGGCGCGCGUGCCGGCGCGCGCGCUGCAGCGCACGGGCGACAACGUGCUGGCGCUGGCGCGCGGCCUGCUGCGCGGCGACCGGCUCGCGGGCGCCGUGGAGCGCGCGCGCCCGCCCGUGUUCUUCGACGUGCUGGGCCUGCUGCUGCUGUCGGCGCGCGCGCCCGCCGCCGUCGCCGCGCUGCUGCUGCUGCUGGCGGCGCUGGCGGCCGAGCUGCUGCUGUCGGCGCGCGACGCGGCGCGCCAGCUGUACCUGCCGCUGCGCGCGUGGGCGCGCGUGGUGGGCCGCGCGGCGCUGGGCGUGCUGCUGGCCUGGCUGGCGGGGCUGGCGGCGGCGCUGGCCGUGGCGCUGCUGCUGCACGCGGCGGGCGCGCGCCUGGCCUUCUACGCGCGCGCCUGGCUGCUGCUGCCGCUGUACGCGCUGCCGGCGCUGCUGGGCUGCUGGGCCGACGCGCGGCACACGUGGGGCUCGUGGCUGGGCGGCGGCGCGGCGCGGCUGGCGCGCGGCUGGUGGGCGUGGCGCGCGUGGCGCGACGCGCUGGCGCUGCUGAGCGGCGCGGCGGCGGCGGCGUGCGCGCUGUGCGGCCUGCGCUCCGCCUUCGUGCCGCUGCUGUGGGCGCUGCCGGCGCUGGCGGGGCUGCUGGCGCGGGGCGGCGCGCGCGGCGCGGCGCUGCACGCGGCGGCGGCGGCGCUGCCCGUGCUGCAGAGCGCGUACCUGGGACUCAACUGCGUGCAGAUGUUCGUGCCCAUCAUGGGCCGGGCCGGCACGGCGCCCGUCCCGCCCGACAUGCUGAUGGCCGCGUUGGUGUGGGCGCUGACGCUGCUCACGUUCAGCUGGAUGCUGCCGCUCGUGGUGGCCGCCAAGAGCCAUAAGCUGCUGAUGGGCUGCGGCGUGGCCGUCAGCGCGGCGGCCGUGGCGCUGGUGCUGCUGGGCCCGAGCGGCGCCUACUCGGCGGAGCGGCCGCAGCGCCUCAUGCUGUUCCACACGCGCCGCACCACGCACGGCGCGGCGCCGCGCGUCGAGACCUUCUACUGGGUGCCCGAGCUGGACGCCAACACGCCGCGCACCGUGGAGGGCGCGGUGGCGGCCGCGCUGGGCGCGCGCGCCGAGUCGGCCGGCGGCGCGGAGGAGUGCGCCCGCUGGGUGUACUGCGGGGCGCCCUACUUCCUGCCCGUGCUGUCGCUGGUGCGGCGCGGCCAGCGCGUGCGCACCGAGCUGCCGCCGGCCGCGCGCCUGCACGUGCGCGCGCGCCUGGCGCCCGCGGCCGCGCCGGCGCAGCGCGUGCUCACGCUCAACAUGACGGGGCCCGCGCACGUGGUGGUGAUCCUGGCGCCGGCGGCGGGCGCGCGCGUGCCGUGGUGCGACCUGCUGGACGGGCCGCCGCAGCCGGGCCCGCGCUGGGGCGAGCGGAGCACGUACUUCAUCGCGCUGCACAACGCGCGCGCGGAGCCGGCCUUCCAGUGGUCGCUCGUCUGCCACCGGGAGGCGCGCGCGCGCGGCGCGUGGCUGCAGGUGUCGGCGGCGGGGCACGCCAUGGCGGGCGCGGCGCAGCGCACGGCGGCGCACGCGCGGCUGCUGCGCGCGCUGCCCGCCUGGAGCGCGCCCACGGGCUGGGGCGUGGACCUGCACCUGCUGGAGCUGUAGCGCGCGCCGGAGCCGCGGCGCACGCCACGGCGUAUCGGUGCUCGCUGCCACAUGUUUAUUUUCUUUAUUUAUUCGAGCGCGCCACAUUGCUUUCUCUCUGGCGUUCAUUGGAAGCGUAAUUUUUUUUGAUUUGAACGACAUCGGCGAGCUCUCUCAUUUGACUGUGGACACAUUUCGGUGAUGUGAUUUAAAACUUAACGCGAUAGUAUUUGUAAAGUUGAUAAGAGGAUGGUUGCGGCAGUCGGGGAUCAACUUUCAUGUUGUUCGUCUGUGAUAACAAUGUAGAAUUGCCUGACACUGCCUAUAGAGUAUGGUGAUAGAGUGGGUAGAAUAGGAAUAAAAAGAAUAUGUACAUUAUUUAUUGUAAGUUGUGGUUUCUAAAGAAACGAGGAUGGUUGUGGUAAAAUGCAACUUAAUAAAUAGCAGUUGGAAAUCAU